AGACUAAAAACUCGUUACUUACUAUCAUCAAGUUUUUAAUCAUUCUUCAGCUUUCAAAGCGAAAAGUUAUAAAUUCUCGUUUGAAAAGGUUUAAAAUACAUUACAUAAAUACUUGCAGCGGAAAGAGUCAAUUCGGAUAAACGUGAAUUGUUCAUUUUAGAAGGGAAUUAAAGUUUACAAAAUAAAAUAAAAGUCAUUCAAAACAAAUUUACAAUCAUCCUGAAAAAGCUUCGAUGCUUUAACAAGUUUAAGCUAAAUUAAUUCCUAGAAUGCGCAUUAUAAGGAGUGUCUUGGAAGCACAAGAUUUGAAUGUCAAGGUCGUCCUGGAGGACAUAUUUGCGGACUUCAAAAACUGUCACGAGAAAUGUCGCUUGUGUUUCGUACCAGUUACCAAACGAUACUCGAGAAUAAAAAUCACAGAUGAAAUACAAAACAAGAUUAAUUCUGUCUUGCAAGUUCACUUAUCAAUAGAUAGAACAGGAUCAGAAUUUAUAUGUUCUGAAUGUGGGAACAAUUUAAAUAAUGUCCAUCUGUUUAAGUGCAAAAUAAAAGAGAAACAGAAUUAUUUUGAAAAGUUUAGUAACAAAAAAGUUGGCGAUACUGAUGACGAUCUACCAUUGCCAUUCCAAGAGCAUGACAUCAAAACUGAGUAUGAAUUAAAUAUAUCAACAGAGACGGAGUUGACUACACCAAUUUAUGAAGUUAAGGAUGAAAUUUUUGAUCCAGAACAUGAAAGUCCAAACGAUGUUAAUGAAAGUCGGAAUGUGGAGUCAAGUGAAUUUUUAAAGCAGAAGCAGUCAAAUCCACAGUUUGUUCGCCGUGAUGUUACUAUAAAAAUAUUAAGAACAGAUCGUCCACUUCAGCAGCAUAAAUAUAGAAAAGAUUCCAAAGCUCGUUUUUGUGAUAUUUGUGGAAAAGCAUUUAAAAACCGAGCCUACAUUGCUGCUCAUAUGAACACGCAUAAGAAAUAUAGAACAAAAGAUUAUCAUUGCCAUAUUUGUGAAAAUAAACACUUCGAUAAAAAACAACUUAAAAUUCAUACAAUAAAUGCUCAUGGUAAAUCUGUUUCUUGCGAUAUUUGUGGAGAAGCAUUAAAAAAUGGUCUCGCACUAAAGCGGCAUAAAUUAACAAUACAUUCCAAAAAAUUUCCAUGUGAAAUAUGUGGAAAAGGUUCAAGAGAUUCAUACAGUCUUGCUUUGCAUAUGAACACGCACAAGAAAAAUAAACCUUGUAUAAAUGUUAACUGCUCAAUAUGUGGAAAAACUUUUAAGACGGAAGAGGGCUUGAAAAACCACAUUUCACGUCCUCAUCGUCCUCAUCGUUUACCUUGUGAGGUCUGUGGAAAAAUGCUUAGAAACGAUUCACUCAAGACACAUAUGAGUGCAGUCCAUUUCGAUAUUAAACCUUAUCAGUGUGAUAUUUGUGCAAAAAAGUUCUGUAAACGAGCUCUUAUUGCUCACAUGAACACACAUAAGGAACACAGAACAAAAGAUCAUCACUGCAAUCUUUGUGAAGCUUCUUUCUUCGAUAAUGGACAACUUCGUGUCCAUAUAUUAAAUGUACAUGAAAGACCAAAGCAUCUUACCUGCUCAAUAUGCAGAACAACUUUUAGAACCGAAGAGGGCUUAAAAAAGCAUAAAUUACGUCCUCAUCGUUUUCCUUGUAAGGUCUGUGGGAAAAUGUAUAAAAAGGAUUUACUCAAAAUACAUCUAGAUGCAGUGCAUCUAAAAAUUAAACCAUAUGAGUGUGAUAUUUGUGGAAAAAAAUGCAGUAAAACAACUAUUACUGCUCACAUGAAUACGCAUAAAAAACACAGAACAAAAGAUUUUCAAUGCACCAUUUGUGAAAGUUCUUUCUUUGAUAAUGGGCAUCUUCGACAACAUAUUUUAGGUAAACAUAUAAAACCAAAGCAUCUCACCUGUUCAUUAUGCGGAAGAAUUUGUUGGACAGUAGAAGGUUUGAAGAGGCAUGAGCAACUUCCUCAUCUAUUUCCUUGUGAGGUCUGUGGAAAAAUGCUUCGAAAGAAUGGACUCAAGUCACAUAUGAAUGCAAUGCAUUUCAAAAUUAAACCAUUUCAGUGUGAUAUUUGUGGAAAGAAAUGCGAAAAAACACAUCUUGCUCAUCAUGUGAAAACGCAUAUUGAUUUUGAACACAGAAAAAAAGACUUUCAAUGCUAUAUUUGUGAAACUUCAUUCUUCAAUAAAAAUAUACUUCGACGACAUAUCAUAAAUGUUCAUGAAAGUCGAAAGAAUCUCAACAAUUCAUCAAAAAUUGACUGUAAAACUUGUGGUAAAGUUUUUCAAGGCCCAAAUGCAUACUUCAAUCAUAUGAUUAAUAUUCACAAAAUCACCCCAUCCAAAGAACAACUUCAAACAACAGUUGCAUGUGAUGUAUGUGGGAAACGUUUCUUCACUAUUCAAAAUUUGAAAAUGCAUAAAUUUUAUCAUGAAGAGAAAAAUUAUAUUUGUGAUUAUCCUGGAUGUGAGAAGAAAUUUAAAGCAAAAAGAAAUCUUUCAAAGCAUACUUUUAUGAAUCAUAAAUAA